UUUAGAUGAAAGAACUAGACUGUUCUAAAACUGAUUGACAAUAUUACGAAAUUUAUGACAGAUGAAGUUAGCUUUAAUGUUAACCGAGCUAUUUUCUACGACUGCACUGUCAAGCAUGAAAAAAAUGUGCCGUUUUUGACGAUGAAUCGUUUGUUCAAAUAGAUAAUAAGAGUGUAAAUAAAAAAAAAAUUGUUUAAUAUUAAUGAUCGAUUCCCUUCAAUUUGGAUGUUAUUGUAUAUCGAUUUAUCAUUUUGUUUAAGUCAACGUAAAUUGGACACACAAUUAUAAUUGAGAAAAUUGAUUUGUGAGAGCGAAAUCGGUCGAGAUGUUGUGGUACAAAGAAACAGAUCACCCAGACGCAUUGUACGUGGAUGCGUUUGCUAUGAUGGCCGGUGACUGGUUGAAGGAAGUCUUUCCCCACUAUAAGUAUAAUCGUUCAUUUUGCGAUUACUUUGUAGAUUAUAUCCCAAGCAAGAAUGAAGAAAAGUCAAUAAAAUUUCGUGAAGAGGGAAACGCGCUGUUCACACAAUUGGAUUGGUAUGCGGCAAUGGAAAAAUACAACGAAUCGCUAUGCUAUGCCCGUUAUGAUUCGAAAAACCUUGGACUUGCGUAUGCCAAUCGAUCGGCGUGUUUUUAUCAAUUGGAAAUGUACGAGGAAUGUCUAGCCGAUAUUGAGAUGGCCAUAAAAAGUGGCUACCCAGAAAAUUUUCAUUGGAAAUUGAAAAAUCGAAAGAUAGAUUGCCAGAAAAUGAUGAUAAAAGGCAUCCAACGAGAUGAUUUUGGUACAAAGCUGAGUUUCGAAUGCGAUCCCAUUUUCCCAUGUAUGGCAAAUGUAAUUCGGUUUGGUCGCGAUGAAACGGGAACGUAUGCGCUGUAUGCAAAUGAACACAUUGACAUCGGCAAAACGAUUGUAUUAGAAAAAGCUGUGUCAACUUAUGUAUGUGAUCGUUUUGGUUUGCGAUGUUUUGUAUGUCUUAAAACACAGUGCAAUUUACGUCCAUGUCCAAUGUGUACGGCGGCUAUGUUUUGUUCCGACGAAUGCUACGAUUAUUGGGGACAUUUUUUUGAAUGCCGUCACACAUACUCGAAGGAUAAAAAGUUGAACGGUACCGUUAUGUUUGAGGUUCGAUUAAUUAUGCAAGUUGUCGCUAUGUUUAAGAAGCCGUCUGAACUGAUUGGAUUCGUAGAGACAACUCUCAGAGAAGAUCCAGAAGAGUUACCUGACCAUUUAAUGGACACCAAAUCAAUAUAUCGAGCAUACCUUAAACAACCAAUUCUUCCAUCGUAUCUUAAUACACAAGAGUUCUUUAUUUCGGCAUUCGCCGCAUUCAGUACGGUUUUAACAUAUGCACAAUUCAAAUCGUAUCAAAAAGAAAAAAAUCGACGAUUUUUAAUGCAUUUAAUCAUGCACCAUUGUUUAGUUUCACAUCGGAAUGCAGCUCGGAAAAUAGUCAGUGGCGAUAGUGAAUUGUGCAUGUCAACGUCACUCAUGAUGAAAUAUUUUAAACAUUCAUGUGCACCAAAUGUAUCGAUGAUUGACCUGAAUGGGCAUGCCGUUUUCUACACUCACCGACCAGUGAAAAGGGGUGAAAAAUUGGAGAUUUCAAUUCUAAAUAUUUUAAUGGAACCAACUUCAACACGACGACGCAUGCUACUGGAAAAUCCUGUCUAUGGUGGCAUCUGCAAUUGUAUUCGAUGUCAAGGCUUAGGAAAUAACAUGCAAGAUAUUUUUGAAAUAAUAACGGAUCGAAAUUUCGGAGAAUUAUUUCAAGGUACAGUAUUUCGUGAUCGAAAACAUUUAAUGAUGGUGAUUGAGAGAUGUGAAAGUUUUUUGACGAAAAACCAAAAUCGCGCAUUUUCUGAACCGAUUGCACAACUCAUCACAUACUAUACGGAACUUUGUAACAUUCGAGCACUUGGACCAAAAUUCUACAUAUAGAACUCAACUGAAGAAAAUAAGACUGACAACCAUUUCAAAAUAUAAUGGGCGUACAUAAUUCAAUUCAACAAAUAAUCAUCGUGUGGAAAUAAUACCAAUCUGACAAUAAUGCUGAAAUCAACGUGUAUCGAAUAAAUGUUUUUAUAUGCAAUUUUUGUACUCUUGACACAAAAAAUGUCACAAUUUAAAGGAAAUUAAAGGAAAU